AUGGGCAUCGCUCCAAAAUGGCUUUUUUUGAGUCUUGUUGUCCUGUACAUUGUCCUCCAGUUGAGUGCAAUCAGCACUCUAGGUGAUGACAAAGUUGACAAAACUAGAUUUCGGGGUGAUGAUGAUGAUUGUCCAUGGGGCCGGCGAUCAUGCGGUGGUCGGUUUGGUCGAGGGCCUCGUGGUAAUGGCGGUAGGGGUGGCGGCAUUGGCGGAGGAAGAGGUUUCGGUGGUGGCGGAGGUCAUGGCGGAGGAAGAGGGGCUGGGGGUGGUCUAGGUGGUGGAGCAGGAGGGGGUGUUGGUGGAGGCGGUGGCUUUGGUGGUGGCGGAGGAGGUGGACUUGGAGGUGGUUCGGGUCAUGGUGGAGGCUUUGGAGCUGGAGGAGGUGUAGGAGGCGGUGCUGGAGGUGGGGGUGGUCUUGGUGGUGGCGGAGGAGGUGGGUCAGGUCAUGGUGGAGGUUUUGGAGCUGGAGGAGGUGUAGGUGGUGGAGCUGGAGGAGGUGGUGGCGUUGGAGGAGGUGGUGGUCUUGGAGGUGGCGGUGGUGGUGGUUCAGGAGGAGGCGGUGGUCUUGGUGGAGGCUCAGGGCACGGAGGUGGGUUUGGUGCUGGUGGUGGUGUAGGAGUUGGAGCUGGCGGAGGUGUUGGUGGUGGAGGAGGUGCAGGAGGAGGUGGUGGUGGCGGAGUUGGUGGAGGUUCAGGCCAUGGAGGCGGAUUUGGUGCAGGUGGUGGUGUAGGAGGUGGAGCUGGCGGAGGGAUUGGAGGUGGAGGAGGUGCAGGAGGAGGAGGUGGUGGCGGUCACGGUGGAGGAUUCGGAAUUGGAAUUGGGAUUGGCGUUGGAGUGGGAGCUGGCGCGGGUAGCGGCCAAGGGUCUGGAAGUGGGUCUGGUGGAGGUGGUGGAAAUUAA